GUCUGAAAAACAACACAUCAAAAUACCACGUGAUAUACAAGAUGCCAAAAUGUUGGCCAAAGUCUUAGAUCGCUACAAGGACAUGUACUAUUUUGAAGUGAUGUUCGGUGUCGUUGUCGCCUAUAUAUUCCUACAAACAUUUGCCAUUCCAGGAUCAUUAUUUCUCUCGAUUCUCUUGGGAUUCCUCUAUCGUUUUCCCAUCGCCCUAUUCCUCAUAUGCUUCUGUUCAUCGUUGGGCGCCACUCUCUGCUAUAGUCUAUCGAAUUUAGUGGGACGUCGUUUAAUUCGUCAUUUUUGGCCAAAGAAAAUCAGUGAAUGGUCUAAGCAUGUCGAUAAACAUCGUGAUAGCCUCUUCAAUUAUAUGCUUUUCUUGCGUAUGACUCCGAUCUUACCGAAUUGGUUCAUCAAUCUGGCUUCACCGGUAAUUGGAGUGCCAUUGUUCACUUUUGCUUUUGGUACAUUUUGUGGUGUCGCCCCACCAUCAGUAUUGGCCAUACAGGCGGGAAAAACUCUGCAGAAGAUGACCAGUUCCAGUGAUGCCUUCUCGUGGACGUCAAUGGGUAUAUUGUCGCUGUGUGCUUGUCUUUCGUUGGUGCCGGGUCUUCUCAAGAAUAAACUGAAAAAGAAAGUUGAAUAA